CACCAGCCGCUCCCACAUGACACGCUGACAUCAGCCGCAUCCGAGGACCCGCCGCUGGGACCCCUCCCCUCCCCUGCCCGCCUUCCCCGUCGCCGCCUCGCAGCCAUGUCCGCCGGUCAAGCCUACAACGAGGAGAAAGGCGGCUCGUCCAGCCUGGGGGAGCCUGAAUAUGGGCACGAUCCGGCCAGCGGGGGCAUCUUCUCCUCGGAUUACAAAAGACACGAUGACUUGAAGGAGAUGCUGGAUAGUAACAAGGAUUCACUGAAACUGGAGGCAAUGAAGAGGAUUGUAGCGAUGAUAGCCAGAGGCAAGAACGCGUCAGACCUCUUCCCAGCUGUGGUGAAAAACGUGGCUUGCAAGAAUAUCGAGGUAAAGAAGCUCGUUUAUGUCUAUUUGGUCCGAUACGCAGAAGAACAGCAAGACCUGGCCUUGCUCUCCAUUUCUACCUUCCAGCGAGGACUCAAGGACCCCAAUCAGCUGAUCCGGGCCAGUGCCCUCCGGGUUCUCUCCAGCAUCCGUGUGCCCAUUAUUGUCCCCAUCAUGAUGCUAGCCAUCAAGGAGGCAGCAUCAGAUAUGUCUCCCUAUGUGCGCAAAACAGCAGCUCACGCAAUUCCCAAACUGUACAGCCUCGACUCGGACCAAAAGGAUCAACUGAUAGAGGUCAUUGAGAAGUUGUUGGCAGAUAAGACCACGCUGGUGGCUGGCAGUGUGGUGAUGGCCUUCGAAGAGGUCUGCCCGGAGCGCAUCGACCUGAUCCACAAGAACUACCGCAAGCUGUGCAACCUGCUGAUCGACGUGGAGGAGUGGGGGCAGGUGGUCAUAAUCAACAUGCUCACGCGAUACGCUCGCACCCAGUUCCUGAGCCCCACCCAAAAUGAGUCUCUUCUGGAAGAGAAUGCUGAAAAGGCUUUCUACGGGUCCGAAGAGGAAGACUCCAAAGAUGAGAAAGCGGAACCAGCGUCUCUGGUGAAACGCAAGCCUUACGUGAUGGAUCCCGACCACCGCCUGCUCCUACGUAACACCAAACCCCUGCUCCAGAGCCGCAAUGCUGCAGUGGUGAUGUCCGUUGCCCAGCUUUAUUUCCACUUAGCCCCAAAAGCCGAGGUUGGGGUCAUCGCAAAGGCCUUAGUCCGCCUCCUCAGGAGCCACAGUGAAGUCCAGUUCGUGGUGCUCCAAAAUGUGGCCACCAUGUCUAUUAAGCGUAGGGGAAUGUUUGAGCCCUACCUGAAGAGCUUCUACAUCCGAUCCACGGACCCGACCCAAAUCAAGAUCCUCAAGCUGGAAGUCCUGACCAACCUUGCAAAUGAGACCAACAUCUCUACCAUCCUGCGUGAGUUCCAGACGUACAUCCGGAGCAUGGACAAGGACUUUGUGGCGGCCACCAUCCAGGCCAUCGGCCGCUGCGCCACCAACAUCGGGAAGGUGCGGGACACUUGCCUCAACGGGCUGGUCCAGCUGCUCUCCAACCGAGACGAGCUGGUCGUGGCCGAGUCCGUGGUCGUCAUCAAGAAGCUCCUCCAGAUGCAGCCCGCUCAGCACAGUGAGAUCAUCAAGCACAUGGCGAAGCUGACAGACAACAUUCAGGUGCCCAUGGCCCGGGCGAGCAUCUUGUGGCUGAUCGGCGAGUAUUGUGAGCACGUGCCCAAGAUCGCGCCCGACGUGCUGCGCAAGAUGGCCAAGUCCUUCACCAGCGAGGAGGACAUCGUGAAGCUGCAGGUCAUCAACUUGGCGGCCAAGCUGUACCUGACCAACUCCAAGCAGAGCAAGCUGCUGACCCAAUACGUGCUGAACCUAGCCAAGUACGACCAGAACUAUGACAUCCGGGAUCGCGCCCGCUUUAUCCGCCAGCUGAUUGUGCCCACCGAGAAGAGCGGCGCCCUCAACAAGUACGCCAAGAAGCUCUUCCUGGCCCAGAAACCGGCCCCCAUCUUGGAGUCCUCUUUCAAAGAUCGUGACCAUUUCCAGCUGGGCUCCCUUUCCCACCUCCUCAACGCCAAGGCAGUGGGCUACCAGGAACUCCCCGACUGGCCCACUGAAGCUCCGGACCCGUCUGUGCGCAAUGUGGAGGUCCCAGAAUGGACCAAAUGCACCAGCCGUGAGAAGAGGAAGGAGAAGGUGGAGAAACCCUUCUAUUCUGACUCCGAGGGGGAGUCUGGCCCAACGGAGUCUGCCGACAGUGAGCCUGAAUCCAUCAGUGGGUCUCCCAGUGAAAGCGGCAGCGAGAGUGGUUCUGGUUCCGGCAGCGAUGAGGAUGAAGAGGAAGAGGAGGACGAGGAUGAAGAAGAGAGUGAGGACCAGUCGGACGAGAAAGAGGAGAAGAAAAAGAAGAGGAGAGAGACUCCAAGGAAAGCAUCGCUGGAUAGUGCAGGGAGCGAGGAGGACGAGGGGGGCAAGAAAAGGUCACAGUUGCGUGAAAGGAAGCGGGACUCAGAAUCCUCGUCAGAGGAGGAAGAGGGCAGCAUGUCCGAGAACAGCUCAUCAGAGUCAGAUUCUGGCUCCGAAGUGGAGGAAUCACACUCGGAAGUAGAGGCCAAGAAGAAAAGGACGCCUCCUAGCAGACCUGCCCCAAAGCCACAGAAGAAAGGGAACAAAGAGAUCUCCCUGCUUGAUCUAGAUGACUUCACGCCUCCUCCUUCACAAUCAGCCCUUUCCAGCCCCAUCGUCUCCACCAGCCUGGUGACCGACCUUGAGGGACUCACACUGACCGAUACAACUUUGGCUCCCGCUAUGAUCAGCCCCGUGUUUGGCGCAGUGAAGACCUACGAGCUGCUGCACCGUAUGACAGGGGAGGGUCUCUCUGUCGAGUAUCACUUCAGCCGGCAGCCUUUUACGACCGACUCCCGGAUGGUGGCUGUCCAGAUCCAGAUUUCCAACAACACGGCCACCGAGGUGAAGAGCAUCCGCAUUAAUGAGCCAAAGCUCCUCUCGGGCAUGCGCAUCCAGGAGUUCAAGGAAAUCGAAUCCCUGCCUCCCGGAGAGACUGUCAAUGUAGUGAUGGGCAUAGACUUCUGUGACUCGACCCAGGCUGCCAGCUUCCAGCUGUGCACUCACACGCGCCAGUUUUACGUGUCCAUCCAACCCCCAGUGGGGGAACUCAUGGCUCCGGUCUUCAUGAGCGAAAAUGAGUUCAAGAAGGAGCAAGAGCAACUGUUAAGGAUGGGUGUGGGGAAGCUGACUGGCAUGAGCGAGAUCACAGAGAAGCUGACCCUGCCUGAGAAAUGCCAGAAUGAUCACGUGAUUGUGCAGCAAGUAACAGCUGCUGCCAACGUUAGCCGUGUGCCCUGCGGGUCAGACAAGGAGUACCGAUUUGCCGCUAAGACGGUUAGCAGCGGAAGCCUCAUCCUCAUCACCCUGGAGAAGAAGGCAGGAAACGUGGCGCACUUGACCAUCAACAGCGAGAAGAUGCUGAUAGGCACCAUGCUGGUGAAGGACCUCAUCCACUCCUUGACGCAGUGACCCAGCUGGCUUCUCUCUUGAGCCAUGGCCACGUCCAACAUCCAGCCCUCCUUCCUUUUCUGUCCCCAGACGUGCCCUUGAUUCUUGCACCUGGCUUGCCCUGCUGUAUUGUUACGUCCCCGUGUAAAGUACAGGUAGAGUCUAAUGGAGGGGAACAGGGAAUAAUUCACCCAUAGGUCGUGGGGGGCAGCCCCUGGGAUGGAUAAUGGGAAUUAGCACAGCAGCAAAUAGAAGGGUUUGGGGGAGGGGGGGAUGCUGAAGAUUCUCAUGAUUCUGGUACCUUUGCUGAGCAGGGGGAGUCCCCUCUGCUCCUCUAGUCUGUUUCGUGACUGUAUUUAUUAUGGACAGAGACGUUUCAAUAAACUUCUCCCCGCAA